UUUGUAUUUUUUUUGUGUGUAUAUAACUGGCUUGUAUGUAAUAUUGCGAUUCGUAAGAAAUGUGUAUGCAGUCACGUAAUAUAAAAUGUACACAUAGUGUUGCGAAAUAUUUGAAUCUGAACCAGGGUUUACACUUUUUUCUUUAUAUUAAAUCUUUUCAAUGAUUACGUUAACACACAUAUAUUAAUACGCUACAUUUGUAUAUACUGUGACUUCUCACACAUAUAUCAAUACACUGUGUGUGUACUAUAUUAAUACGCUGUGUGUGUACUUCUCACAGGUUCUGAAGAUGGAGAAGAAUAGCCUGAACAACAGAUUUCUUCCAUUCAGCAGUAUUGAGACGGAGGCCAUUCUCAGUGUAGACGAUGACGCCCAUCUUAGACAUGAUGAAAUUGUGUUUGGAUUUCGUGUAUGGAGAGAGGAGAGAGAUAGAAUUGUGGGGUUUCCUGGCCGGUACCAUGCCUGGGACGCCCAGAAUAAGAUGUGGUACUACAAUGCUAAUUAUUCCUGUGAGUUGUCCAUGGUCCUAACUGGGGCUGCUUUCUUCCGUAAGAAUUAUGCAUACCUGUACACGCAUUUCAUGCCACAAGCAAUUCGAGAGAAGGUGGAUGAAUAUAUUAACUGUGAAGACAUCGCCAUGAACUUUCUUGUUUCUCAUGUGACCCGAAAACCUCCGAUAAAGGUAACAUCAAGAUGGACGUUCCGGUGCCCAGGAUGUCCCGAGACAUUGUCCAGUGACAUUGAACAUUUCACAGAAAGACAUAAGUGUAUUAACUUCUUUGUACAGGUGUAUGGCUAUAUGCCAUUGUUGUACACACAGUACCGAGUGGAUUCAGUUCUCUUCAAAACGAGACUUCCCGUGGAAAAGUAGAAAUGCUUCAAGUUUAUUUAGAACAAACCAGUAUUCUGCCAAGUUGUAUAUUUACACGCAUCUUUAACACAUUUUGUUAUUUAAUAUCAUUGCUUUCAAAAUUCACCAGUAUGGAAAAAGGUUGUUUUAUUUUUUUAAAACUUAGAAUUAGGAAAA